UCUUCUAGUCUUGCGCGAGGUCAAGGUUUAUAACACUGAUGAAAAGAAUAGUUUGUCGCUUCAUUAGUACGCUGUCACGCACGCAAGAUGCAUGCCUCCUCGCAACACGACUCGGCAUGUAAACAACAUGGCGGCUUCCAGUUCGGCGAUCGCGGAGACUUGGACUCUAGGGUGAAAGUAUCUGCUCCAAAUGACGCGAUUGGACUCAACAUGAUCGAAGUGUGCUCCCUUAAGCGCAUAAUAUUCCUCACUGUCUUUCUUAUAGGCAAUCUGGUGUUCCACAUAGUAUGCUUCCCAAAUGAAAUUCUAGUCUGUUUUUGCUUUGUGGACAGCGCCUGCCUGAUGAUCUUGACGCUGGAAAGCAUCCUCUCGGACCACGACAGUGAUCGAAACGGUUCAAAUUCUUCAGAGGGUUGCUGGGAAAGGGAAGAGUACGUCGUCAAGCAGAAGUGCAUGCCUUGCACCGAAUUCGAGAGGGCAAGCAAGCACCUGCCUAUAUGCAUUCAGUCCAAGUACAAAGAACUAGUCACCUGCAGGAACUCGGGAGACGUCUAUCGAAGGUGUGACAACGAGAAAGAAGGGCAGCACUUCUGGAUCUUUGAAGGCAGCAUGCUCGUCACGGGUCUCCUGAGCUCACUCUCGGUCGUGCUUCGACAGAAGCACCUUGACCGCAAGAUGAUAGAGCGCAUACAGCAGCAGGUAGCUGCAGGAGUAUGACCCUGCAUGCCCCCACCCUCACCUCCGUUUCUAGAACAAUCUCACCCACCUGGUUCAUGGCUAUUUAUAGGAAUAAAAAUUGGUAAACAUGUCUCCUAACUCAGAUACAUAAAAUUAA